ACAUCCUAUGCAUAUAAAUGCCCCACUCCAUUGUCCUUCCCUCCCUUCUUCUUCUCUCAUAGUUCAUACAUGGCUUCAACAAGAUCGAGCUUCCUCGCUUCCCUCCUCUUCAUUGGGGCUCUCCUCCAAGCUGCUGCCGCCAUCGACCACCGUGUCGGAGGCGAUUUUGGUUGGAACCUACCGCCAACACCCACCUUCUUCUCUGAAUGGGCUACCAAUACCACUUUCUCUGUCGGCGAUACACUAAGGUUCAAUUCAAGUGCCAAUCAAACCCACAACUACGCCAUGCCCGAGUCUCAACCAGAGUUUGAUGGAUGUGUGAAGCCAGGACUAUUUUUCGAGAAUGUAAUUUUUGUUACCUUUGAUCGUCCUGGUCGUAAAUACUUUAUCUGUAAUGUUGGCAACCACUGCAAUUUGGGCAUGAAAUUUGCCGUCGACGUUUUGCCUAACCCUGGAAUGCCGCCCAACUCUGCUCUCAAAAUUGGUGCCUUUCCUACCCUGUUCUUCAUCGCCACCGCCUUCCUGCCCAAUUUCUUGUUCUUAUAUACAUCCCAGUGAUCAACCAGCAGAUAUUUCAGUCUUGUUUAAAUUAUACAGUUCAUAGAUUCUUGUUUAAAUUAUAGACAAGUUCAUAUAUAUUAUGUAUAGUUCGUGUAAUUUAAGCAUUAUCCGCGACUCUAAAUAAAAUGAUACAAGUAGAGAUGUCUACGAGGUAGGGUGGGAAUGGAAAGUUUUCCCGUUCCCGUUCCCGUCCCCGUCCUACCUCUUAUUUUAAUUCUUAUCCAUGUAAAACUUUUCAUUUAUUUUUGUGAU